ACAAAAGCACAGUUACUCGCCAUUUCGCCCAUCGUCGAUCGCAGGAAGAGCGAGCGAGCGAGAGAGAAGGAAAAUAAUCGUUCACUCCAAUCAACCAAUCAAUCCAAAACAGGGAUGGCGUUAGUACCAUAAAGACGAUUGAAAGGACGACCCCCCAUCUUCGUCUUCUCUCCGUCCAUCUCUGUCACCUCCGUCUUCCAUCCCCACUCCAAACCCUAAUUCUCAGCGGACAUUCAACAAAGCCAGACUCUUCGUCUACUCCCAGUUCCAGUCCAUCCGCGGCUUGGCGAGGUUGCGUACUUCCUCGCAAGCGAAUAAUGGUGCAGGUGAAGAAGGGAGGGAGUGGAAAGGGGGUUUCGGAAGAUUCUGCGGCGUUGGCCGCGGAAGUGGAGCUGGGCCGCGUGCCAUUGCAGGCCAUCCUAUUGGCUGAUAGCUUCGCCCAGAAGUUCCGUCCAAUCACCCUCGAACGCCCCAAAGUACUAUUACCAUUGGUAAAUAUCCCUAUGAUUGAUUACACCUUAGCAUGGCUUGAAUCAGCUGGAGUUGAAGAAGUUUUUGUGUUUUGCUGUGCUCAUUCAAGGCAAGUGAUUGAUUAUCUAAAUAAUUCCAAGUGGUUCGGUCAGCCAAACUUUUCGAUCAAGACAAUUGAAUCUCACAAUUGUGUUAGUGCUGGAGAUGCGUUACGUUUAAUAUAUGAGCAGAAUGUGAUACAUGGAGAUUUUGUCCUUAUAAGUGGUGAUACGUUGAGCAACAUGUCACUUACUCAAGCACUUGAAGAGCACAAGGAGAGAAGGAAAAAAGACAGCAAUGCUGUAAUGACCAUGGUUAUUAAAAAGUCAAAGCUGUCGCUGCUUACCCACCAAUCUCGGCUUGGAACUGAUGAGCUGUUUAUGGCUAUUGAUCCUGAUACAAAGCAGCUUCUGUAUUAUGAGGAUAAAGCUGACCAUUUAAAAGGGACUAUAUCACUUGACAAGGUGUUACUUGCUGACAAUGCUUCUGUUUCUCUUCACAAUGACAAGCAGGAUUGCUACAUUGACGUCUGCUCUCCAGAAGUUCUCAGCCUUUUCACUGACAAUUUUGACUAUCAACAUCUGCGUCGUCACUUUGUUAAGGGAUUGCUUGUUGAUGAUAUAAUGGGUUACAAAAUUUUCACCCAUGAAAUUCACUCUAGUUAUGCGGCUAGAAUUGAUAACUUUCGAAGCUAUGACACCAUUAGCAAGGAUAUUAUUCAAAGAUGGACGUAUCCAUUUGUGCCAGAUGUCCAGUUUUUUGGUAACACUGCUGCUAAACUUGAAAGGCAGGGCAUGUACCGAUCAUCCGGUAUAGUGCAAUCGCAUUCUGCACAGAUUGGCCCUUUCGCAGUUAUUGGACGUGGCACUACAAUUAGGGACAACACAAAAAUUUCUAAUUCAGUAGUGGGGGAAGGAUGUUAUAUUGGAUCAAAUGUCAUAAUAGAUGGCUCUUAUAUAUGGAAUAAUGUCACCAUUGAAGAUGGCUGUACUCUAAAGCAUGCUAUUGUAUGUGAUGGUGUGAUAAUGAAGUCUGGAGCAGUUCUACAACCUGGCAUAGUUUUGUCUUUCAAGGUUGUAGUUGGGCAACAAUUUGUUGUUCCUGCUUAUUCAAAGGUGUCAUUACUUCAACAGCCAACAAAGCAGGAUAGUGAUGAGGAGCUGGAGUAUGCUGAUGAUACCAGUGGAAUUAAUGAAAUUCCAUCAAUUUCAAGUACACUGGAUAAGUUGAAUGGAGAAUUAACACCUGAAUCAUCCGAGGCACAGCAGCAGACAUCUGAGGUUGGCACUGGUGGAGUUGGUUACAUAUGGUCAGUUGUUGAAGGGAGCUAUGAAGAAGAAUUGAGACAUUCAGUUGCACCUAUUCCUGCUGACAAGCUUGCUGAGCUUAUACCAGCUGCAAAUGAUGAGGUUGAUGUGUUAAUGCAAGAUGGUAAUCUCUUGCCUCUGUCAGGAGAACUGCAACCUGAAUCUAACAGUGUUUAUUCUGAUGACAAUAUUGAAGAUACUAGGGAUGACUAUAUCUACUUUGAGAAAGAGGUUGAAGCAACUUUUCUGAGGGCUGUUAAUGAAAAUGUUAAAGAAGACCAUGUUAUAUUGGAAGUAAAUGCACUGCGGUUGUCAUACAAUAAAACUUCUGUGGACUGUGCCAGUGCAUUGUUCUAUUCGAUGAUGAAAUUGGCAUUAGAAACUCUGCAUAGUUCAACUAGGGAAUUGCUUAAUAAUGCUGUAAAUGUAAUUGAAAGAUGGCAAAAGCUUCUAAAGUAUUAUUUGCCCAGCCUAGAUGAGGAGAUUGAAGUUAUAUUGAAGUUUGAAGAAAUGAGCUUAGAAUCUGCCAAGGAGUUUUCCUCAAUAUUUUUGCCGAUUUUGCAUCUUUUGUAUGAUAAAGACAUUUUACAAGAGGAAGCUAUUCUAAAUUGGGCAUCUGAAAAAGAAGGGGCAGACGAGUCUGAUAAAGUUUUUCUUAAACAGACAGAAAAAUUCAUCCAAUGGCUGAAGGAGGCCCCUGAAGAGGAGGAAGAAGAAGAUUAACAAAAAAAAUUAGUUACUACUAGAGGCCAAGUUGAAACUGACAUUUAUAAGUGUCUGGCAAUCCACUUGUGAUGCAGUUUGUACCUCUUCCACCCCCCCCCCCCCCCCCCCCAAAAAAAAAAAAAAAAAACAAAAACCAUGUAGAGAACGCCUCUCUAAUUCUUGCCGGGUGUCAAAGCCCUUGUAAUGGUUUACUUGAUAAAGCAUGCAACUGAUGUAAUUUCUCUUCCUUUUUAUUUCAAGUGUUCAGAAGCUUGCCAUA